GAAGCCAAUUUAGAUCCCUCUGACAAAAAUUGUGCGCGUUUAAAGAACAAAACAACGAAUAAAGAAAAAAAAGUUUAAAAGGAAAAUCGUGUCGCAAUACACAAUUUAAUUAUAAUCCUCAGCGAGCGCGUUAUAAAAUAAAAAUGAUGCAUUAAGAGAUAUCGGGUGGAAAAUGUAAGCCGAUUUGGUGGCAAAGUGUAUCACGAUACACAAUAAAAAAGAAAAAAAUAACAUACUACUAAAUAAAUAUACAACGCGGCUCGCCUCAACGAGAGUGGAAAAAAAAGAGAAGGAAAAAAACAACAAUAACAACGAAACGGCGACAAAACAGCUACCAAUAUCCCUGUGCGCGUGUUUUAAAAAAUAAAAUAUACCAAAAAAAUGUCGUGUGAAUCAUUCAGCUGUCACAGGAGAUAGAAAGAUGAACUCGUCGCCGUCGUCAUCAUCAUCAUCAUCGGAAAGUCGCAGCUGUUAAUAGAUAAACUUUGUGUGUUGGCAACUAUGCAAACAGGAAGAAAAAUGCGGACAGCACAAAAGAUUUUCAUCUCGUUUGUCUGUGUGAUGGCGUGCAUCUUGUUCUACCAGUACACAUUGUCGCGCGCCCGUUACAUUUCACAGGACUUGGAUCAUGCCAAUGGCGAACUAGAGGUAUUAAAAUAUCAAAGUAGUAUCAAGAAGUUACUUAGUAGCGGCGGUAACGCAAAUGUUGGCAGUGUGGAAAAUAAUAACACGACAGCAACAACGUCUACCACCACCACCACAAAAGCCAUCAAAACACAACAAACAAAUGCUAACACAAUUGCACAAAUAAAAAGACAAACUUCCAACAGCAAUGUGGAACUUCUCGCAAACACUAAUUUUAACAGAAAAAAUGAUGAUGAUGGAAACAGAUGCACUUGUGAUGAUGAUCGUCAUCAUAAGGAUGCGACAAAAACAGAAAAACAUCUACCACCAUUGUAUGUGAUAACACCGACGUAUCGUCGGCCUCAAUGGCUACCUGAGCUAACGAGACUCGGUUACACGUUGAAACAUGUACCUAAUUUAUUUUGGUUAGUUGUAGAAGAUGCACCCAAGCCAUCGCCCAUAGUUACACAGUUAUUAAAGAAAUUGAACAUUCCGUUUGAACAUCUGGCUGCUCAAAUGCCACAGAAAUACCGUAAAAUGAAGUCGAAGCCACGUGGCGUCUCAAAUAGGUUGCGAGCACUGGAGUGGAUAAAGGCAAAUGCCACAGAGGGUGUUUUGUAUUUCGCUGACGACGAUAACACGUAUGAUGUAGAUAUUUUCACCGAGAUGCGUUUCACGAAAAAAGUCUCGAUGUGGCCUGUAGGUUUAGUGGGUAAAUUAGGAGUUUCCAGUCCUGUGGUGAAGAACGGGACAAUUAUCGGUUUCUAUGACGGUUGGAACGGCGGUCGCAAAUAUCCCGUCGAUAUGGCUGGCUUUGCGGUCAACAUUCCCUUCUUUCUCAGUCGCAAAAACGCCACCAUGCCUUACAAAGCGGGCUACGAGGAGGACGGGUUUCUCCGGAGCUUGGAACUUGGUGGCUUGCACGAGAUCGAAGUACUGGCAUCAAAUUGCACAAAGAUCUUGACAUGGCAUACUCAAACACGGAAAUACACGCCGGGAACGCCGGUCGACAUGAAAAAGUAUAACAACACAAACGUGGUGAAACUCAAUGAGUUUGUUAUAUAAAAAAAUUCUCGCAACAUAUGUUACACAUAUAUUUGACGAAUAUAUAUAAAAAAAUCUCUCGAGAGCUAUGAGCUUCAACAAAGUGCCGAAAAAAGGAUCAUCAUUAGUCAUUCCUUUGAUUUCAAUCUGAUGUUAUUUGAGAAACAACACAAAAAAUAAAUGAUAAAUGAAAGUUGUGACAUAAAACUCUAUUAAUAAUAAAUGAUAGUAAGUACGUACCUUAAAUUACCAUUU